GUAACAAGUGUUGAAUUAGGGACAUAUAAAAAUCAGAGCCAUUUUGACAUUUUCACUUUACCUGGUAAAAAUUAUAUUCUCUUCCCUUGUCCUUUAUCUUUGGCUUCUCGAUUAAGCACACCACAACAUCUUACACUACACGCACAUACUCGGAUCAAAUGGAAUCAAAAUUCUUUUCUCUUUUCUUAAUUUUCCAAAAGUGGGCAAGCUAUUCCUAGUAACCAUCACCGCCACCAACUGCAAAAACCAAUCCUUUUCUACGACUCAGUCACUCGGUCACUAAUUAAACUCACCGAUCACGACUUAUUGCUUAAUUACAUUAUUUUUCUUCUUUUUAAUAAAAUGGGGAGUAUUGUUGAUGAGAUUGUGGAAGAAAGAGCUUACGAUGUGGAGAAUACUAUAUUUGUUGCGGUAGGGAAGAAUGUCGCUAAAGGUACUACGGCGUUGCUUUGGACAGUGCAGAGCUUUGCUGGAUUGAAGAUAUGCUUGCUCCAUGUUCACCGGCCUCCCGAUUCUGUUUCUUUGACUGACAGAAGGUUAUUCUUAGAGCGUGAAAGGAAAAAGAUGCUCGAUGUUCUAAGUCGAUAUUGUCUCAUUCUUGACCAAAAAGGGGUACAUGUGGACAAAGUAUGGAUCGAGAUGGAAAAUAUUGAGAAGGGGAUUGUAGAGAUUAUUGCUCAGUACAACAUUAGAUGGCUUGUAAUGGGUGCAGCGGCAGAUAAGUACUACUCAAAGAAACUAGCAGGGUUGAAGUCCAAGAAAGCAAGAUUUGUACGCCAACAUGCACCUAUUUCUUGUCAUAUUUGGUUUGCUUGCAAGGGUUGUCUCAUUUAUACUAGGGAAGGUAGAAAUGAUAGAUCUGAAGCAGAGUUUUCUCUUCCAUUGCUACUGCUGAAUUCAGAUUUAGGCAUGGAGCAACCAGCACUCUUGAAAUUGGGAUCUUUUACACAAAUCCAUAAGCCUCUAGAUGCUGAAGGCGAGGAUGAUGACUUGGAAGAAAUAUUGGAAAGCUUCAAUUUUCAGUGCUCAGUGCACUCCAAACUAUCAAGCAAUACAGUGCUUAGCACAUCCAAAUUGAUGCCCCUUCUGAUCAAUGAAGAAGAAAAAAAUCAAGGACAAACAACUGAAAAAACUUGCCUUCAACUGCAACAAGUGAUUCUAGAUGCUAAAGGCUCGCAGCAAAAAGCAUUUGAAGAGGCAGCUAAGCGAUGGAAAAAGGAAGAUGAUGCUAUGGAAGCCAAAUGCAAGGUGAAGGCAUUAGAAAACUUGUGUAUUAAGGAGAUCAGUCUAAGGAAAGAGAUGGAGGAAGAAUUGAUUAGAAAAAAGCAAGAAGUAGAAAAGACAAAGAAUCAAAGGGAUGAAUUUGUAAAAGAACUCCAGAAGGUCCAGGAGCACAAGUUUGUGCUUGAGGGCCAACUUACAGAGUCCAAUUGUAUGGUGAACGAUUUGGAGGAGAAAAUUAUCUCAGCAGUAGAACUUUUGAUAAGCUUCAAAGCACAACGAGAUGCAGCGCGAAGGGAGUAUGAAAAUGCAAGAAGGGAAGCUAAUAGGCAAAGAAAAUUGGCAAAAGUGGAAGCUGUGAGCUUUUGCAGGUCUGACAUCCUUGAAUUCUCUUUUGUGGAGAUUAAUGAGGCAACUCAGGAUUUUGAUCCAUCCUGGAAGAUUGGGGAAGGAAAAUAUGGAAGUGUCUACAAAGGGAUCCUUCGCCAUGCAUAUGUUGCUAUCAAAAUGCUACCCUCUUACGGCUCUCAAAGCCAAUUAGAUUUUCGAAAUGGGGUGGAGGUCUUGGGUAGGGUGAGGCAUCCACACCUGGUAACGUUAAUUGGAACUUGCCCAGAAUCUAGGUCACUUGUCUAUGAGUACGUGAGAAAUGGAAGCCUUGAAGAUUGCCUUGCCUGCAAAAAUAAGAGACUCCCACUUCCGUGGCAAACUCGGAUACGUAUUGCUACUGAGAUAUGCUCUGCUCUUAUCUUCCUUCAUUCUAACAAGCCUUGUAUCAUACAUGGAAAUCUGAAACUAUCAAAGGUGCUCCUUGAUUCCAACUCUGUCAGCAAACUCAGUGACUUUGGCAUCUCUCUUUUGAUCCCAAAGGGAGAGAAAAUGGGAGACACUGUUCCAAUGUCUGAAAAAUCUAACCCCAAUUUCACAUCUGUGUAUACUGAUCCGGAAUACUUGGAGAGAGGGACGCUUAUUCCAGGGUCAGAUGUUUACUCAUUCGGAAUUAUACUGUUACAACUUCUGACUGCCAGACCAGUUUCAGGAUUGGUGAAAGAUGUGAAAUGUGCAUUGGAGAAAGAGAACUUGAAAGCAUUAUUAGAUUUUUCUUCUGGGGACUGGCCGAUUGAGCAAACCAAACUGCUAGCAAAAUUGGCAUUGGAUUGCUGUGAGAAUAACCGGUUAAAUCGUCCAGACCUUGUUUCAGAAAUCUGGAGUGUUCUUGAGCCAAUGAGGGCCUCAUGUGGUGAUUCUCUGUCAUGCUUAGGUUCGAAGGAGCUGCAGAGAAUUCCUUCCCAUUUUGUCUGUCCCAUUUUUCAGGAAGUCAUGAAAGAUCCGCAAAUAGCCGCGGAUGGUUUCACAUAUGAUGCUGAUGCUAUUAGAGGAUGGCUGAAAAGUGGGCACAACACUUCCCCAAUGACAAAUCUUAAACUUGAACACUGCAACCUGCUCCCUAAUCAUGCUCUUCAUCAGGCAAUUCAAGAGUGGCAGCAGCGUUGGUGAAUAUCACUUCACGUAUAUACAAGCUUUACAUUUAACCACCGAUAGAUUUUUAACAUAUUAUGAUGUAUGGAACAAUAUCAUGCUGUUACGUGCAGAAGUAGAGACUUCAAAAGGAACUGGAUGCACACACAUGUUUCUUACAGUGUUUUUCUUUCUUAUCCAACAAAAAGAAUACAUUUGAUACAAAA